UAAGAAGGAGGAGACUGCAGCUGCCUCAGCUGCCUGUGGGAACUCUAUGUGGCAGAGUUGCCCUCUGCACCAGCAGGAAGACUGAGGAGUCAAAAUCCCAGUACUUGUGAUAGCACCUCCAUCCUCUUCACCUUCAUAGAAUUGCUCAUCCUCCAAAGACAGACCCUCCCCUCUCAGCCCUUGCAAGAAUUCAGCUACUGGCCUGAGGAUCCCCCAUCAACACAGGAUCACAGCACUGGAGGCAGCGAAGUGUCUGAUUUGGGCACGUGAGGCUCGCGCGAUCAGGGGCGGUGGGCUCCAGGCAGGGCAAGGCCAUUGGCAUGAAGACCCCCACCGCACAGGAGACUCGGGGACAACAAACCAGAGCAGCUGCAGGACUGGCCGCUGGAUCUGCAAACAUAACGAAAAAAAAAAUCUCCCAAAAGAAGCAGAGGGGCAGACCUUCUUCUCAAACCCGCAGGAACAUGGUGGGCUGCAGAAUUUCACAUGGAUGGAAGGAAGGUGAUGAGCCCAUCACCCAGUGGAAAGGAACCGUUCUGGAUCAGGUGCCUAUAAAUCCCUCUCUUUAUCUGGUGAAAUAUGAUGGAAUUGACUGUGUCUAUGGACUGGAACUUCACAGAGAUGAAAGAGUUUUGUCUCUUAAAAUUCUUUCUGACAGGGUGGCAUCCUCUCAAGUCAGUGAUGCAAACCUUGCAAACACCAUAAUUGGCAAAGCAGUGGAACAUAUGUUUGAGGGUGAGCAUGGUUCUAAGGAUGAAUGGAGGGGGAUGGUCUUAGCCCAAGCACCUAUCAUGAGAGCCUGGUUUUAUAUUACCUAUGAGAAAGAUCCUGUCUUGUACAUGUACCAGCUUUUAGAUGAUUAUAAAGAAGGUGACCUCCGUAUCAUGCCAGAGUCCAUUGAAUCACUUCCAGCAGAGAGAGAGUCAGGAGGAGUUGUAGAUGGCCUGAUAGGUAAACAUGUGGAAUACACCAAAGAAGAUGGCUCCAAACGGAUUGGCAUGGUCAUUCACCAAGUGGAAGCCAAGCCCUCUGUGUAUUUCAUCAAGUUUGAUGAUGACUUCCAUAUCUAUGUCUAUGAUUUAGUGAAGAAAUCUUAACUGUCAAUGGUAAACUUGGCCAUACUUGUGGAAACAUGUAAUGUGUACACAUGCAAAAAAUAUUUGUUUGUUUGUUUGUUUGUUUGUUUGUUGGUGUAUUGAAAGCUUAAGGGCCCCUGUUAACCCUACAUGUUUGCCACGUAACUGUUGUUUUGUUCUGAAAAAUACAAAUUUAUGUGGACAUGA